GACAAAUCGACCCGGCUAUACUACAGUACUUCAUUAACAUCGCACUCCCACAGAUCCGUCUUCGACCCUUUUUUCCUGGACGCCUCUCCCUUGUACCGGUGCCUUACUCUCCAUGAUGGACACUCACUAGCGAUAAGAGACCAGUCUCACGCGACUAUCGGAAAUCGUUCGUCACCAGAUUGUUCGUCACCAAAUACAUCAUCCCAAGCGUCUCUGGCCAGGUUUGCGCUUAUCAGCACUCCCACUACGUGACCUGAGGGCCACUUACCCUCUCUCUGUUGCUACCAUGAGCUCUCCUGCAAAUCCUCCAGGUCCUUUGACACCACCUGCAGAACCAUCGUCACAGGGACCGCAACCUCCACAAUCCUCCGGAACCGUAGCACAGCCACAAGUCGAAGCCCUUCUCUCCCAACCUCUGACCUCGCUAUCAGACGAUGGAACGUCUAGAAGACCUCGAGAUCAUCGAUUAAUACACCUUCUUCUGGUAUCGCACGGCAUCUCCGCAUAUCAGCAGCGGGUGCCUCUGCAAUUGAUGGACUUUGCCUACAGAUACACAAGUUCGGUGUUAAGCGAUGCCCUUCACAUUCAAAACGAGGCAUACGAUCAGGCAGAUGGCGGUGCGCAGACCAAGGGACGCGGAGCUAGACAAAAUCAAGCCAAAGCCGAGGAGGGUGAUGUGAGCCUGGCUGCACUACGCAUGUCAAUAGGCUCACGAAUGGGAUACCAAUUUCAAGGCAGUCUACCCAAGGACUUUCUCAAGAAUCUGGCAGAUGAGCGAAACAGAAUAUCUCUGGGCGCGCAGUCGAGAGACAAUGAGAGGAGCGGUCCGAUCAUUGGCGGCGUCCGCUUACCCCACGAGAAAUACUGUUUGACUGGCUUGGGCUGGGGACUAAAGGAUGAAUGGGACAGUGAGGGAGAAGAGAGCAUCGAUGAAGUACAACCAGAGGAGCGACCAGAACCCGAAGAUCUCAUGCAGAUGGAUGAGCAAGGCGAUGAAGAUGAGGAAGGACUGGGCACCAUGGAGGAUGUCUUUGGUGAUGACGAUGUUGGGGGCGACGACGACGGAGACGCUGAAAUGCAAGGCUAGGAGAGCAGCAGGACAUUUUUAGUCUUCCGGCUGCUAAGAAGAUACAUUGUGAUACCCAGGAUAGACGACGGCUACGUAGCAUUGUAUGAUAUGGAUGGCAUGAUC